AUGACUAUUACUAUAUCAUCUAUACCAGAAGAAUUAAAAACUGAUAAAUCAGUAACUCCAUUUAUUAAAAGAUCAAUUGAAUUAUUUCAAAUUAAUCCAAUUAUUAGUUAUUAUUGUAAAAUAUAUGUAUUAGAAUAUAUUUUAACUAAUAAAUUACAUAUUAUAUCUAAAAAAAUUGAAAAUUUUACUAUUGAAUUAUUAAAUGAUACUGAAUCAAUUAAAAAAAAUAAUACCCAAGAUAAUGAUAAAAAUGAUAAAAAUGAUAAAAAUUAUGAAAAUGAUAAAAAUGAUAAAAAUGAUAAAAAUGAUGAAAAUGAUAAAAAUGAUGAAAAUGAUGAAAAUAAUGAAGAUUUUCAUAAAAUUUUGAAUAAUAAACAAUUAUCAUUUAAUGUAAUAUUAUCAUUUACUUAUAAAUUAUUUAAUUCAUGUCUUGAAACAUUACUGAAUUUGUCAUUGUCAUCUACAACUACCAACAAUGAACAACAAAUUUUGACAUUAAUAAAUAAAAUAAACGCAACUUUAAAUUUUUUAAAUUUAUUAACAAUUUUUAAAUCACUGAAAGAUAUUAAUUGGAAUGAAAUUAUUGGAGGGAAAUUUAAUAAUUGGAAUGAAUUUGAUAAAUUAAAUAAACAAAAAAUUAAAAUUUUAAAAUAUCAAUUAUCAAAAUUAUUAAAAAAAGAAAAAGAAAAAGAAAAAAUUAAUUUUAAAAUUGAAAAUAAAGAUAAAUUAAAUAUUAAUGAUGAAGAAUUGGAAAAAGAAUUAGAAGAAAUGAUUGAUGGAAAUGAAUUUAUUACAAAAGAAGAACAACAAGAAGAAGAAGAAGAUGAACAAGAAGAACAAGAAGAACAAGAAGAACAAGAAGAACAAGAAGAACAAGAAAAUGAUGAUGAAGAAGAAGAAGAUAAUGAUGAAUAUAAUCCACAAUUGCCAUUGGUACCAUCUAUUUUAAAUGAAUCAGAAAUUAAUGAAAAUGACAAUUCAAUGAAAUUACCUGGAGCACCUCAUUUCCCACCUGAUGAACAUGGCCAAGAAGAAGAAGAAGAAUAUAAAGAUAAAGAUAAAGAUAGGGUUAAAUUACCUGGAGUACCGAAAUAUUUACCAGAUGAUGAUUUAUCACAUAUCAAUAAAUCAUCAACUAUUCAAGUAUUUUCACCAAAUACUGAUACUAGUGAUACUUCAACAACUAAACAAAACAAAAUGGAUCCUUCAAUUAUUAAAAGAAAACCAUCGAUAACAAAGCAACAUCAUCAACAUCAACAUCAACAUCAUCCACCAUUACCACCACCACAACCAUCACCAUUAACUAAAGAAAAUAUUAAACAAAUAUUGAAUAGAGAUGAUACUAUUACUCAAGUACAAAAACAUGCUAAAUUUGCUCAAUCAGCUUUACAAUUUGAAGAUUUUAAUGAAGCGGAAAAACAAUUAACAAAAGGAUUAGAAUUAUUGAAAAUUUUAAAAAAACAAGAACAAGAACAAGAACAAGUACAAGAGUAA